AUGAGGAUAUGGGUACCUGUUUGCUUUCCUUCUUUUCAUUCUAGAGUCGACUCGUGGGUUUGGGGGUUUGUUGGCUGGGGUUUUGUAAUGAAUAUGUUUUGCAAUUUCCAUUUCUGGAGGUUUUUACGUAGGAUAUUGUGCCAAUUCGCUUUAUCACCCUCAAUGGAUGAUGGCUUUGAAAAUCGGAUCAUCAUCAUCAUCAUCUCUUCACCACCACUCUUUCUUCCUGUCUCUGUCGUUCGAGUUUUAAACGUCUUGAACCCCCAAAGCCUGUCUUCACGGCGUCAAAUAGCUCCAACGGAAUCUUCGUUUUAUUCCACCGCAACCGCUCUUAACCAUGAGAUGUAUAUCUGGGACUAUCAAACACCAAAACCAACACUGCCAGGAUGCUACAUCUUUCUAUGGUCUCGAGAGAUGGCUGGAAGACUGCGCAGAAAAGCGGACGAGCUUCGAGAGGUUUUCUUUAUAGUUACGGAGCUCUCUGAGCUCUACCACUUGCUCAUUUUCAAGAGCCACUACUGCUUACUAUAUUUGCAUGCAGCCUGA